UUUGUGUGUCUCGAUACUCUGCCUAGCACCACAGCCUUGGAAAUCACGCCUAGAGUCAAUGACGGCACUCUGCUGGGUUUAUUAAUACCAGCUCAGAAAGUGAGAGGGUGCUCUGGCUUUAGCAAGGGGACUGUAUAAUUGUUCCAAGUACUCCAGAUCCAGGAAUCAACCUUCAGAGCCUUUUCUCGGUGUGUGACAUUCAUCCUGGUGACACUCAAGUAGCACACUGCUGAAGGACAGCCAGGGCACAUCUAUAUUUGUUCCAUUGCUCACUGCUGGCAUGUGCCCUGGGCAAAGAGGCGGUCUAGGGUUACGGUGAUAAGUCUUCCAACUGCAGUCAUAGGAAAGUGGCAGGGAAUUGCUUUUGUGUGAAUUCAUUUUUACUAGGGGAAAUAAAUGCGAAGUUUGAUGCCAUCUGAGCUAUCAGAAGAAUUUAUGACGUCUUAAGAUAGAAGGCAAGUUUUUAGGUAGUAACAUUCUUUGUUAUGUGUUUUCGAUAAUUGAUGGUCAUGGACUUAAACAUUCUUCACUGUAAUUGUAUCUGUGCCUGUAAACUGAGCAAAAACUGAGCAAUCAUCUGAAAAUCUUAUUUAGGCAGCAGGGUUCCAGACGAGCUUAAUUAUGCUCAUUUUAAUUUAUGUAAUUUAAUUUCAUUUUGGUAGGAAAAAUACUUGUUAAUUCACUUUUCUAGUUAGUAGUAGCUUCUAAAGCAAGCCUUAUUUGUUACAAUUAUGGGGAAAACAGUCUUUGCGGAAGCCAGACAACAUUUUCUGGCUUGAGUCUUGUCAUCUCAAAAGCCUCACUGGGGAUACCAAUGUCAUCCAGAUCUGGCAGUGCGAGAGACUAUGAAACGCAUGACGAGUUGCCUGGUUGUUCAGCUUCCCCACCAGUCCCAGAGCCUAGUGAGACUGAGGCUGGAGGCUUGAUAUUUUAUCACAUGGAUCUUUAUGGAUCAAAGGAGAGGUUUGAUAUCUUUCCUGAAGAGCCAUCUGGUCAAGGAGACAGAUCUCUAGGGGAUAUCAGAAGGGAAUCUGCAUUGAGUAGCGAAAAAUUUCAGUGCUCACAAGAAGCUGGAUAUGACUUGGAAAAGGAGGUUGCAGAGUUGGCUAAGAUGUAUGGACUUGAUGAGGAUAGAGAAAAAGAGCUUGAGCUUCUUGGAGGACAUCGGGAAAUGGUGGAGAGCAGACGUGCACCUGCUCGCACAGAAAAAGCAGGAUCACAAGGCUCCGUAUAUAAUGCAUCAAAAAGCAUCUCUCCGGUGAAAGAUCAAAGUCAAAGCGCAAAGCAACAGGGACUUCAUGGCAAGGCUUCUCACGAUGAAGAUCAGAGCAAAGGCAGAGCAGAGGAUGAGGCUGAGAGCCACACAUGGUCCAGAGAGGGGGUUAGCAGUGGUGGUGUGUCAGAUGAGUGGAGCAGUCAGGCUGUUAGUGAGGAGGAGGAAGAAGCAGCAGAUGUUUUUUGCUCUACCUGCAAGAUCCCAAUCCGAGCUUUUGACAAACUGUUUGGUGAGCACAAGGAUCACGAGGUGGCUCAGCUCCCCAGCGCUGUGGAAAGUGAAAAGGAGGAGAUUCAUAAAAACAUGUGCAAGUUGGAAGAGCAGAUUGCUCAGAUGGAAAACUUCGCCAGUCACUUGGAGGAAAUCUUCAUCACCGUCGAGGAAAACUUUGGGAGGCAGGAGCAGAACUUCGAGGUGCAUUACAACGAUGCGGUGCAAGUGCUUGCUCAGAAGUACGAAGAACAGUUGGAAGCUCUGGGGGAAGAGAAGAGGCAGAAGCUGGAAGCUUUAUAUGGGCAGCUGAUCAGUUGUGGGGAACAUCUCGACACCUGCAAGGAGCUGACAGACGCAACCCAGGAGCUUUACCUGGAAAAUGACAAAGCCACUUUUAUGAAGGUAAAGAUCUUUAACUGGCAAGGCCCCUCCUAAAUGUUCUUUGCUGCUUGCAAGUAGUCCCCAUCUGGGAAGUCCGAAGUGGCUUUAUUUCUAGAGAACAUUUGGGGUGCUUAUGCUCGGUCCAUGGUGCUGUCACUGCUCCAGGUGCUUGGCAUGGUGGCACUGACUUAGUGGGGCAACACAAUGGGGCCAAAAUGCAGAAGCAGCAGCAGCAGUUUCUAACUUGGAUGCUCAAUGAUUUGUGGGUCUCACUGGUGUUCAGAGGGAAGAUAUCUCUCUAAAAAGCUUAUCUCGGGAAACUCUGGAAGCACUUGGUGUUCAUUGCCUCAUGCAGGCUCAGCUCUCUUGCUCUAUUCUGGGCUCACAGCAGGCAGGCUGAUGCAACUGCUUUGGAAGAUGUUUCUUUUUCUUGCUCAUUUUGUUGGAAAGUUCAGCUUAACAGGAGGCUCCACAAUAAAUACAUCAGGAGCUCCUACAAAGUGAUGGAUGAAUCCCACUGUUGAGGAGGUGUCGAGCAGUUAUUUUUCUUUAGCAAGUAGAAAAAUAAUUGGAAAAAAAAUGACAAUUUUCACUGCUGAUGAGCGAUUGCUGUAAUCUGAGCUGUCCUGUGACUCAGAUGGGUGGGAGCAUUUCUAUAGCACAGCCACAGUAACUCCUGAACUGGACAGUAAACAAAUCUCCGAACACCUCCGGUCUGCUCCAAUGGAUCAGCUUGCUGUGUCACUCCAACCUGCUGAGUUCUUCGUAUGAGCUGACUUUUCCUCUUCCUCUGCAUCUCUGGAAUAACCCUAUUUUCUCCUUAGCUCAUAAACAGUUUUACAUCACCCCUAGGAACCAUUAUUCACCAAGAGGUGAAUAGCUCUUGGUCAUGAGCUCUCGGCUGCUUAGAUUUCUCCCGGGAUGGUAUAUCUGUCUUCCAGUAACGUGCACUGCUCGGACGUUACUGACAAUUUCACUCAGUUAUU